UUCAAUAAAUCGUUCAUAAGUAUUCAGACGACAGAACAUUCUCGAUGCAAUUAUUAUACAAGUCUAGAAAUGCCGUUGCAUUUUACACAUACAUUUAAAGAAAGAGAGAAAUGUACCUUCAAAUGUAUUAAAUCAUUUUUAAUAGCUUGUUUAAGCAAUUUCCAGUUGGAUGUGAUUGAACUCACUCAGACGAUCAACACAACCUGCGCCUUAAACACACUCUCAACAAUGAUCGCGUUUACUAUUUUAUCUUUGUUCAUGCAAACAUCGCGAAAACUACACCCAUGCCAAAUGCUUGCAAAUUUAAAACAUCGUACGAUGUCAGCUGUUACUUAGAGUUUUAAUUAAUGCUGAACGAGUCUAUUAAAUUCAAUUAACAUUUCACUUAUGUAACUUAAAAGGGGA